AUGGCAGUUUCACAUAAAAUACUAUUCACUACUCUAUUGUUGUUGAUAGUUGCAGCAACAGUAACAGUAAUGUUAUUUUCAUUUACACAAGUGACAGAUAAAGAGACGACAGGCAAUGGAUCAUCAGAAUCGUAUGGAAAUAAGUUUUGUGAAUCUAAAAUUGCAUACAAUCCCUCCAAGUUUUCAUUCAAGAAUGAUACCAACCAUGUCAUCACUUGUAAAUGGGAUACUAAAAAUAGUACUGUUCGUAUCUUGUUGGGUUUAGCAGUAGUCGUCAUUUCAAUCAUUACCUAUAUUUUCCUAAUGAAAGGUCGUAAAAUUAAAUCAAUUAUUUCAUCAAUAAUUAUAUUUGUAUUAUCAUGUUUAACUAUAUAUUCUGUUUAUUUGGAUGCAACUGCAGUAAAGACUUCAAGAGCAUGGUGUCUUGAUGAUGGACCUGGUAUGGCCACUGGCCAAGGUUUGGUUUGUCUUUACAAUAAUUAUAUUUUGGUAAUUGGUUUAAAUAUUGUUGCUAUUAUUUUAAUGAUCGCAGCACCCAUCAUCGUUAUCAAGAACCGUCAUAAUAUUGAGGGCCACCACCACCACCACCAUCACCACGAUAGUGAGGAACAAGAAACCACCCCACUCGUAAACGACCAAUCUUCACAACAAUCAUCCUCUAAGGGUUUCCAACAACAACAAUCUUCAUAUCCUUACAACGAUUUCUCGUCCAGUAAUGCUACCCCUGCAUCACCUCAACCACCAGCUGUCUCUCUAAACCCAUUCCUAUAA